CGGAUUUAACGUGUCGGAGGCAGCGUGCAAGUGAGUCGGUGCUCGGUUAUUUUUUAUUUUAUUUUAAUUUUAUUUUUUUUGGGCGCGCUUCUCCCGUGGAAACAAAGCCAGAAUGGUGCAAGACGAACCGUGCGGGUUCGCCCCCCCCCCCACGUCUUUCAGCGCCGUCCUUAACGGUCGUCAGGCAGCGCUGAGUUACAUUUCAACUGCGGUUGAACAAUAAGGCGCGCGGCUGCGCGUGAGGAGGAGGAGGAGGAGGAGGCUUGUCGCGGCUCGCGAGAUGCGGCGUCCGGCGAACUGAAGAUCCAGCUGCUGUGAGGAUGAGGAAGGGUCACACCGAUGCCGUUGUGUUCAGUUGAGCCACCUACAUCCAAGGCAUCAUGUUUCCUGUGAGGGCGGCAGCCAUGAUGCCUGUUCACCCCUGGGAAGAAUGGUUCGCUCCGCUGUCGCUCCCCUUGCAGAGGCAGGAGGGACCGACGUCAGCCUCUGUUGUGUUAUCGUGGGGCUGCUGAACUUUUCCGAGCCGCAGCCACGGGGGAGGCUAGCGAUGGAGAACAUCUCCAUGGCAAACACCUCCCACAUGUCCCGCGUACCUCCAGAGCCAGUCACUCCGACAGCGGCGGCCCCGGAGAGCCUGCAGGGCGUCGGCCUACCUCUACGGGUGUUUUUCUGCGUUGUCAUGGUCGCCAUCCUGCUGGUGGCCCUCCUGGGAAACAUUGUGGUGUGCCUAAUGGUCUACCAGAGAUCGGCCAUGCGAUCCGCCAUCAACAUCCUCCUGGCGAGCCUGGCGUUCGCCGACAUGAUGCUGGCCAUCCUGAACAUGCCCUUCGCCCUGGUCACCGUGGUUACCACCCACUGGAUUUUCGGGGAUGUGUUUUGUCGUGUGUCGGCCAUGCUGUUUUGGCUCUUCGUGAUCGAGGGCGUGGCCGUCCUGCUCAUAAUAAGCAUAGACCGCUUCCUGAUUAUCGUCCAGAAACAAGACAAACUGAGCCCACACAGAGCCAAAGUGCUCAUCGUGAUCACUUGGGGACUCGCGUUCGUUUUCUCUUUCCCGCUGGCCGUAGGCUACCCUUCCCUACAGAUCCCUUCCAGGGCCCCGCAGUGUGUGUUCGGCUACAGCAGAGAACCGGAUUAUCACGCCUACGUGGUGAUACUGAUGCUGGUCUUCUUCUUCGUCCCGUUCAUGGUCAUGCUGUACACCUUCAUGGGGAUCCUGAACACCAUCCGGCACAAUGCCAUUCGCAUCCACAGCCACCCGGACAGCAUCUGUCUGAGCCAGGCCAGCAAGCUGGGGCUGAUGAGCCUCCAGAGGCCCUUCCAGAUGAACGUAGACAUGAGCUUCAAGACGCGGGCCUUCACCACCAUCCUCAUCCUCUUCUCCGUGUUCACUGUGUGCUGGGCGCCCUUCACCGCCUACAGCCUGGUGACUACUUUUAGUAGCAGCUUCUACCACAAGGACAAUUUUUUCCAGAUUAGCGCCUGGCUGCUUUGGCUGAGCUACCUCAAGUCAGCCCUCAACCCCCUUAUCUACUACUGGCGGAUAAAGAAGUUCCGCGAUGCCUGCCUCGACCUUAUGCCCAAAUACUUCAAGUUUCUCCCCCAGCUGCCGGGCAACACCAAGCGGCGGAUACAGCCGAGCGCUGUGUACGUGUGCGGGGAACACCGCUCUGUGGUUUGACACUGGCCCGAAGAGGACAGCCAUUUUACUUCACUGCCGUUGGGGGGGGUUUAUUCAUCUGACCACUCGUCCAUGCCACUGAAACCGUACGCCGUGUGCGUACGAUGGCUUUUGUCUUAGCCGCGUAGGAUUUGUUUUACAAGGCAUGUAAAUUACCUGCUUCGAUGGAAUCUCGAUAUGGUCAGAAAACGGGCCGCAACACUUUUGAAUGUUUGUAUUUCUAUUUAAAUGUUUCGUAUGUGCCUAUUGAUUAGUCCAAUUGCCAGUCAGAAUGCUGCUAUAUCUGGUGAAAAUGUGCAAUUUCAGUGUA